GGAAAAAAUACAUGGACCACAAAUACUGCGCGACCCUCAUAAAGAUUUGAAAAUUCUUCCCCAACGCCUGCCAAUCAUGUCUGUUCCGGUCUGAGUUCUUCUAUAGACAUUAAGAGGGUUCGGAUGAAAAUGAAAAGCUGUGGGUUCUGAGCUCAAUCCCUGCAGCUACUGCUGAAGUCUUGCCAUCACAGAGAGCUCUACCUGAAUCUGCCCUCCUGAGGUUAUCCGAGUCCACCCUCCUCAAGACACCAUCCCAUGAGACAAUAGAGGAGAGCCGUUCCUUUUGCCAUACUCCUUCCUGGUCAUGGCUCCUCCUCCACGCCUCCACUUUUUCCUCCUUCUCCUCCUCUCUACACAGGUGUAUGCGGGCAGCAGUGCUCACGAGAACAGCAAUAGGAGCGGAGAUGGUCCCAAGAAAUCCUGUGCUGAGAAGGUCACAUGUCAACCAGGGAUUCUACUUCCUGUCUGGUUGCCGCUUGACCCCUCACUGGGUAUGCAGACAUUAAGAGCAGUCAUCUACUUCUCAGCUCUACUCUACAUGUUCCUGGGUGUGUCCAUCAUUGCUGACCGCUUCAUGGCCGCCAUUGAGGUCAUCACCUCACAGGAGAAAGAGGUGACUGUGACAGGUGCGAAUGGAGAGAAGACAGUAAUGACAGUUCGAAUCUGGAAUGAAACUGUCUCAAACCUCACACUUAUGGCCAUGGGUUCAUCAGCGCCUGAGAUACUGCUUUCUGUGAUAGAGGUGUGUGGGCAUGGUUUUCAGGCAGGAGAACUGGGUCCUGGCACUAUAGUGGGCAGCGCUGCAUUUAACAUGUUUGUGAUAAUCGGCAUCUGUGUGUUGAUGAUACCUGACGGAGAGGUGAGAAAGAUUAAACAUCUCAGAGUCUUCUUCAUUACUGCGUUCUGGAGCAUCUUCGCAUACAUCUGGCUCUACCUCAUCCUGGCAGUCAUAAGCCCAGGUGUUGUACAGGUGUGGGAGGCUACGGUUACUCUGGCCUUCUUCCCUUUGUGUGUACUCAUGGCGUGGAUCGCUGACCGGCAGCUUCUCUUUUACAAAUACCUAACCAAACGUUACCGUGCCGACAAACGUCAUGGUAUCAUUGUGGAGAUGGAGGGCGACCUCGCACCAAGAGGCAUUGAUGCCAUUAUGGGGGAAAAAUAUCAAAACAGCAGUACCAGUAUUCAUGUUGAGAAAAAUAAAGAACCUGAACAGGACAGAGAGGAGGUGAUCCGCAUGCUGAAGGAACUGAGACAGAAGCAUCCGGACAAAGAUCUGGACCAGCUAAUCGAGAUGGCAAACUACAGCACCAUGCAGAAACAGCACAAGAGCCGCGCCUUCUACAGGGUGCAGGCCACACGCAUGAUGAUCGGUGCGGGAAAUGUACUGAAGAAACAUGCCGCAGCCGGACAGGCGAAGAAAGCAGCCGCUGGUUCAGCUGAGGAUGAUCUUGCCACCUGCGCUCACAUCGCAUUUGAGCGGGCGCAGUACAAGUGCAGUGAGAACUGUGGGAGCAUCAGUCUGUGGGUCUGCCUGCAGGGGGGAACAGGCACCAGAACGUUUCAUGUCGAUUACAGGACGGAGAACGGGUCAGCAAGUGCUGGGGCAGAUUAUGAUUAUUGUGAGGGAAUCCUGGUGUUUCUGCCUGGAGAUACACGCAAAGAAAUAAAGGUGGGUAUUAUUGACGAUGAUGUGUUUGAAGAAGAUGAACACUUCUUUGUGCGUCUCUCAAACCUGCGAGAGGGAGAGGAGGGUGGAACCACUGACGCUGCCCGACUGGUUGAACCCUACGUAACCACAGUAACCAUCCUGGAUGAUGACCACGCAGGGAGCUUCUCAUUCGGUCGGCGGGAGCUCUGUGUGGGUGAAUGCUCAGGUGUGGUGGAGGUGCCUGUGAACCGGACCACAGGUGUGCGAGGGACUGUGGUGAUUCCGUAUCACACGGAGGACGGUUCGGCACGACAGGGUGUUGACUAUGAACACACACAAGGAGAGCUGGAGUUUACCAAUGAACAGACUAGUAAGACGUUACUGGUGCGCAUCAUUAACAUGCAGGAAUUUGAGAAGCGAGAACAUUUCUACAUUGUCCUUGAAGAACCCAAAUGGCUCAAGAGAGGCAUCUCAGCCACUGCUGGUCCAGAGCUGGAGGUAGCCAGACGUAUAGCAGAGAAGGGAAAGCCAAUUCUGGGUGAACACAGCAAGCUAGAGGUCAUUAUAGAGGAGAGCAUGACCUUCAAGAAUACUGUAGAUCGUCUGUUGAAGGAUACUAAUCUUGCAGAAGUAAUUGGCACACACUCCUGGAGAGAGCAGUUCAUCGAAGCAGUAACAGUCAGUGCAGGAGAAAGUGAUGAAGAAGGAGGGGAGCCUCAGCCGCCAUCUUGCUUUGAUUAUUUCAUGCACGUGUUUUCUGUGUUCUGGAAGGUUCUGUUUGCCUUUGUUCCACCCACAGAGUACUGGAACGGCUGGGCCUGCUUUAUUGUAUCCAUUCUGGUUAUCGGCAUGCUAACCGCUGUCAUCGGAGACUUGGCAUCUCAUUUUGGCUGUACGGUGGGACUUCGUGACACCGUCACGGCUGUGGUGUUUGUUGCCUUAGGAACUUCCAUACCAGAUACGUUUGCAAGUAAGGUUGCUGCUACACAGGAUCAGUAUGCAGAUGCUUCUGUUGGAAACGUAACCGGUAGCAACGCCGUUAAUGUCUUCCUUGGGAUUGGUGUGGCCUGGUCCAUUUCAGCCAUUUACUGGGAGGUCAAAGGUCAGGUGUUUUACGUAGACCCUGGAUCACUCGCUUUCUCCGUCACACUCUUUACCAUCUUUGCCUUUAUCAACAUUGGUGUGCUGAUGCUACGGCGACGGCCAUCGGUGGGCGGAGAGCUGGGAGGGCCCAAAGUGCUGAAGGUUCUGACUGGAAUGUUGUUCAUCGGAUUGUGGCUUCUCUACAUCACAUUCUCCAGCCUUGAGGCCUACUGUCACAUCACCGGCUUCUAA